AUGCUUACCUGGCCGAAGGGGCUGCUGCAGCUGCUUCUCCUCUACACCGUCUGGAAAAUGGGGAGCGGCCAGCUCCAUUAUUCUGUGCUGGAGGAAUCUCAGCAUGGUGCCUUUGUGGGCCGCAUCGCUCAGGAUCUGGAGUUGGAGGUGAGUGAGCUGGUGCCUCGGAUGUUCCGGAUGCUGCCCAAAGGAGAGAAGGACUAUUUUGAGGUAAACCUGCAGAAUGGGAUCUUGUUUGUAAAUUCCCGGAUAGACAGGGAGGAGCUGUGUGCCAAGAAUGCAAACUGUAUUGUUCAUCUGGAGGUGACUGUGGAGAAACCUCUGAGGUUCUUCCAUGUAGAGGUUGAAAUCAAAGACAUUAAUGACAAUGCUCCUGUCUUCUCUACCAGGGAACAGAUUCUGAGCAUAGCAGAAUUUGUAACAUUAGUUACACGAUUUCCAUUAGAAGGAGCAUCUGAUACAGAUAUUGGUACUAAUGCUCUAUUGACUUACAGGCUCAGUCCAAACAAACAUUUUGUUCUGGAUUCAGGAAAUGAUGAAGAUGAGAGUAAAUCUGUAGUACUUCUAUUGAAGGUGCCACUUGACAGAGAGGAAAAUCCUGUGCAUCAUUUAGUACUGACAGCCACUGAUGGGGGUGAACCAAAACUCACAGGAACUGUUCAGCUCGUCAUCAAUGUGCUGGAUGUGAAUGACAACCCUCCUGUGUUUAACCAAUCUAUUUAUAGGGUAAAGUUGCUAGAAAACACAGCCAGUGGGUCAUUAGUUAUUAAUCUGAAUGCAACAGACUUAGAUGAAGGGCUUAACAGGGAAAUCUCUUAUUUUUUUAGUAAUAGCCUAACUCUAGACGUCACAAAGCUAUUUAGUAUCAAUUCUGAUACAGGUGAAAUCAGAGUGAUUGGAAAAGUGGACUAUGAAGAAAGUAAUUUUCAUGAACUUCCAAUUCUGGCAAAAGAUAAAGGUAGUUUUCCAUUAUCAGGGCACUGUAAAGUCAUCAUUGAGGUUUUGGACAUGAAUGACAACAUUCCAGAAUUAUCUGUGAAU